AGUAUAGUGUCGUCAUUUCCGCUGAGAGAGGAAUUCUGAGAGUGAAUCACUCAUGAGAGAGAUCCUCAAAUUUUCAAUGCGAUUUAGAUUCGCAUAACUGUUUCAAUUUUCUUUUAAAAAUUGUAUUUAGAGUAGCUGGAUUAGUUGUUUAUCAUUAUUAAUGGCUGACGCGAAUAACGACAUUCUAAAAGAUGAUUCGAGUAACCGUGUCCCUUCUGCACCCGGAAAACCAGAAAAAAUUAACGAGGGUAAAAGAGAGGUAACAAUAGAGUGGUCGACUCCAGUCAAUAAUGGAUCAGAUUCAAUAAUCGAUUAUGAAAUCCAAAUCAGUCUCUUAAACAGUAAUAAGUGGCAAACCGUUCCAAAUAAGCAAAUGAAGAGGGAUACUGCAGGCAGUACAACAUGCAAAAUACUGCAAUUGAAAGAGAAUAAAAAAUAUUUAUUUCGAGUACGAGCAAUCAAUAGUUCUGGAUAUGGGGAAUUUUCAAAAGAAUCUGAUAUAAUUAAAGUUCACUCUCUUUCUAUAAUACCUCCCCCGUCUGAACCACCUCGUAGACCGCAAAAUUUACCGACGGAUGAAACAACAAUUACGCUAAAUGGUCAACAACACAAAGUAGAUUUUCGCGAUCUGCUAUUACUUAACUCAAAUUUGGGUAGAGGAGCUUAUGGUCAAGUGGAGAAAUGGCAGCAUAUCCCUUCAGGCACUCUCAUGGCAGUCAAACGAAUACCAUUUACUGUAAAUGGGACAGAACAAAAACGUUCUUUAACCGAUUUAAGUAUAAUUAUGAGAAGCGUUAGCUGUCCAUUCGUGGUCACGUUCUAUGGUAGUCUAUUUAGAGAGAGUGAGAUUUGGAUAUGCAUGGAAUUAAUGUCGACAUCUUUAGAUAAAUUUUACAAGAGUGCAUAUGCGAAUAACUUACCGCUUAAGGAAAAAGUUUUAGGGAAAAUGGUCUACUGCAUAUUGAGCGCUCUCUAUUUUUUAAAAACAGAACUAAAGGUCAUUCACCGAGACGUGAAACCGUCCAAUAUGUUGGUUAAUAGGCAGGGCGCCGUAAAAAUUUGCGAUUUCGGAAUAUCAGGAAAUUUGGUCGAUUCCUAUGCAAAUACUAAAGACGCCGGAUGUAAACCAUAUAUGGCUCCAGAGAGAAUAGAAGGUCCAGGCUCUGACCAAUAUACGACUGCUUCAGAUGUUUGGAGUAUAGGUGUAUCUUUUGUUGAAAUUGCUAAAGGUAAAUAUCCAUAUAGUCGGUGGACGACGCCGUUUGAAAUGCUGAAAGAAGUUGUGGACGGAGAGCCUCCUCAUUUGUCCCAUUCUGACUUUUCAAAUGAAAUGUGCGACUGCAUCAAUAGCUGUUUGCAAAAAAGGGCUGAAAACCGUCCCUCCUACCCCGAUUUAAUGCAAAUGACUUUCAUAAAGAAUUAUAAAAAUGAGGACAUUUCUGAUUACGUCUGUCGAGUAUUGGAUACAAUGCAAUUGUAA